GAGGGUUUUUGUUACCGAGGCAAGGCGAAGAGCAGCCGCUCAACUAUGAUGGGAAUGGGCCGAUGGAUUUGUGCAUGGUAAGGAACAGUCGACAAACAAGCAUUGUUGGGCCUUUUGCGGCCCACUACCUCAGCAGCUGCAGCCUGCAGGUCGUUUUACCGGCGCGGCAGCAGCGCCGCCGCCUGCGUCGCUCGCGCGGGAAAAAUCCCCAAAGUUCCCCGCCACUUCGCUCCAGGCACAUCACGCCGGCCGCCGAAAUCUGGCCAAACCCGAACCCUAGCCAUGGCCACCGUCGACGCUGUCGCCGAGCCCACCGAGGCGAUGGAGGUGGUUCAAGGGGAGGAGCAGGCGGCGGAGGUCGCCGCCGAGCCCACCAAGGCGAUGGAGCAAGUUGAAGGGGAGGAGGGGGCGGCGGAGGCCGCCGCCGAGUCCAACGAGGCGAUGGAACAAGUUGAAGAGGAGGAGCGCGUGGAGGUCGAGGCGGGGGAUCCGGCAGACGAGGAGGAGGAUGCGGCGGAGGCCAUGGAGCAAGUUGAAGAGGAGGAGCGGGCGGAGGCGGAGGAGGUGGGGGUGCUGAGCACGGUGCUCCCGUUGUCGAGGGUGAAGAAGAUCAUCCGGGUAGACCGCGAGAUCAGGAAGGUGACCGCCGAGGCGUCGCUGCUCAUCGCCGCGGCCACCGAGCUCUUCCUCGGCUCCCUCGCCGCCGGCGCCCACGCGGCCGCCGCCCAACGUGGCCGGCGGGCGGUGCGCGCCGCGCAUAUCCGAGCCGCCGCCCGCGCGCACCGCCCCACCGCCGACUUCCUCCUCGACUGCCUUCCCGCUGCCGAGGAGGCGCCUCGUGCCCGAUCCGGUUCCGACGGUGGAGCCGCCGCCGCAGCAGCAGCACCGAAGCCGCUGCCACGCGGGACCCGCCGCAUCGACGGAUUCUUCCAGAAGGUCACUUAGAUUAGAGGAUUCGCCCCUUUGUUAAAGACAUGCUAACCAGAGAAACUGCACUAGAAAUGAUGGUACGUCGAUUGCUCACUAUAUUUAUUGUUCUGCAAAUGAGUUGGUAAUGAUUUGGUUUGUAUGUAGUGACUUAGCUGAUGUAC